AUGCAAUCACAGCCUAUCGAUACUCAACCAAACGAAACAGACAAUCUCACUCUCCAAUCUGUCCCUUCCGUACAACAUGGACUCUGGAAUGAUUUCGAGCCGUCCUCAAGCCCUCUUCCCACAGGGAGAGCGGACGAGGAUGCUACCCAGCAAUAUAAAGAUGCGGAUGCGUGGUCUCUCUCCUCUGGCGGAUCUAGUCGCGGUCGGAAGCCUAAUGUCAGGCGGUUGAAGAGCUAUGACAGAUCCUAUCAUGGGUCUUCGCCGGUAAACCGCAUUGAAGAAUAUGAAAGAUCUCAUCUCCCAUCUAAUAAGGACGAUGGUAUAUCCUUUCAAGUCAUACCCUCUGUCCCAGGUGUCAAGCGCCACAUCUCUGUUGAGCAGUUUCCUAAUGAGGUCAUCACUCAUAUCCUAUCGCAUUUGCCGCCAUCAACAUUGUCUGCAAUGAGCUUGGUAUCGAGACGCUUCCACAACAUGGUAACAACACCCCAUGCUUGGAGGAUAGCAUUCUCUCGUUAUUUUCCAGGACAAGACGUAAUUGGAGACGCUAGCACCGACUUGAGGCAUCAUGUUAGUGGUCAGCAGAUCCUGCGUUCAGAGAGACGCUUGUUCUCGCGCUUGAGUGCUUUAGCAUCAUGGAGGAGCGAGUACAUCCUGCGGACUCGCCUUCUGCGGUCGCUUGCUCGCGGGAAACCGGGUUUGUUCCACACUAUCAGUCGAUCUGGCGCAUCGCGUUACAACGGUGGAGGGCAAGCUGCAGCUGUCGUUACCUACAGCUCCAACCUCGUGUAUCCUGUUAGCCACAUCCACGCAACAUUUGGAUCUGGACUGAACAAGAAGAUCCCUUUCUUCAUGCAUGGAGCAAGCGAGUAUGGCGUUGUAACGGUCAGCGACCCAAGCGCCGGGAAAGUUACAGAAACAUGGGGCGGCAAUACCGACUAUUCGGCUUUCCAUUACUUUGAAGACAGUGCAUAUUCUGGGGAGGCCAUGUGGGGUCUUGGUGCGGGUGACCUGGUGGGUGUUCCGAAUACGUUGGACUUGAGCCAUGGCUAUGGUAGGGUCUAUGCCGAAGGUCUCCCAGGUGGCCGUGUCUUUUUUACCCCAAUUUCUGAUCGUCGUGGCGUCUUUCUCACGGUUGAUUCACCAGCCAACCACGACCUUGGCAUCCCAGAUGUCAACACAUUUCGGCGGUCUGUUUGCAGCACUUGGAUCGUAAAAUCUGAACGCGUCUUGAAAAUGUCAUGUGGCCUGUUUGGGCUACUGGUCGGGUAUUCCAACGGCGUUUUGGCCGCAUUUUCUAUCGGAGCCAACACUGCAUACGACUACCGUUUUGAGAAAGGCCAGCCUACUGCCAAAUGGGUUCUUAGUCCAGGUGUGCCAAUAAUUGCCAUCCAAGUGGACGAAAAUAUCUCGUCGCGCAGGCAGGGUCAGCACAAGAUUUGGGCCGUAGCGCUGAACGCCCUUGGAGAAGUAUUCUUCCUUAGUGAAUUUCCUGUUCGACCAGAAACGAAAGGCAAACCUAGUGAAGAUGAAGUCCAUCAGAUUGCCUGGGAAACAGGACGAAGCGUGCAGUGGACGCUAAUCGAAACGACUCGGCGAGUCUCAACGCCAGACCCUUUCAAUGCAGCUGCUGUGGAUGGGAGCUAUUCGCCACGAUCAUCUUCUAAAGCAGCCGGUCUGAGCAAAGAGCAACUAAACGCAGAGACAAGGGAAAUCGAGAUGUUCUUGUCUUACAGACCCAACUAUUUUCAAAAGAUAUGCGAAAAUUGGGACAUGCGCCGCCGGCUGGUUAUCGAUUUCGCUGGUGCUGAUCACAUCGGUGCAGGAGAAUCAAUUUUUGUCUUGACUUGUGGUUUUGAUGAGAAGCGGCCUGCAGCAAUACGUCGUCUUAUGAGACACAAGAUUAAGCUUUUAGAGAACCACGACCUCGAGAAGUAUCCGGUCAUUCAGCCUGGCCCUACUAGACAAUCCAUAUUUGGCAAUGAUGCGGCUUACAUGAGCUCGCCGUCUUACAGCAUACCGAUAUCUCGUACGUCAAGUGAUGACAGUGAGAUCGACACAGCGUUUCGCACCGAGUGGCGGCUUUCAGAGUAUACUCUGGGUGGGUUGAAAGGAGCACAGAUCUCUGCAACAGCAACAGACGAUUCACAUUUCGCAGUUAUCAGUGCACGCGAGGAUCCUCUUCUCGGCAUGUCGGGAGGCUCGAAUACUUCUUCACCUUUAGCCUCCCCACUCGGGCAGAUGGCACAGCCAUCCAGUGUAUCGGAGAUACCUGGGCAAUGUGCUCGCUUUAUGGCUGCUGGUACGGCCUCAGGGGUUGUCCUUAUUUGGAACAUGCGAGCGGCCUCUUCGCCAGACGUUGGCAUAAUCAACUCAAUUGCGCCGCUUCGCAUGAUCUAUACUGAAUCUCCUCAGAUCUCUUGUCUUGCAUUAACGUCUUUGUAUGUCGUCCAUGGUGGGAAUGAUGGCCUUGUCCAAGCUUGGGAUCCUCUUGCUUCAACCACAGAACCAGUCAGGACCCUGAAUUCUCGCUUCUCCAGCCGUGCACGGCGUCGACUCAUCCAAGCCGAAGCCUCGCUCCAGGGCGUUGGGAACAAUUACUAUGCUGCAGGUGCCGUUGUUCUGGAUCCAGACCCUACUGUACUCCGUGGCAUAGUCUCCCUUGGAACACAUUUACGGUACUGGUCAUACAGUUCCAGCGGGGCAGACCAAUAUAAAAGCGGCAAGCGCAAACUCAGACGCAGGUCGGAGCGCGGCAGCAACGCUACCACCACUGAACAGCGGUUUUCUCACACGGGACGAGGAGUGCUGAAAGACUACAUUGCGAAUGAGAAGCAGGAGCUUGAGCGGGAGAAGAUAGCAAGACGGAAAGAGCACGAGCGCAUAAGUGGGCGAUUCGGCACCGAUCUGCUUGGCCCUGGAGCAAGCGAGGAAGAGAUGCUGGCAUAUGCUACAAUGCUAAGUGAAGAGUCUUACACUAGCGAUGAAGUCAAAAGGAGAGAUAGCGGCGGAAGCGAUGCGGCCCUGUCAUCCGCUAGCAAUGAUACUGUUCACGAAGGCAAUGUUUCCAUCUGUGGAGAGGCAGCCACUUCUCUGCUCUCAGCUUCUGCAAAUGAUCCCGAGAAUUUAGAACCAGAUGUCGCAGAAGCAAUCCGACUGAGCCUUCUGGAGCAAGAGGGAGAGCAGACAUCGCCACCGCCACACGCUAGGAUUCAGAUUCGCUAUGGUAAGAAAGCAUCAUCGCCAUCUCCUUCCUCACCGAAUGCUGGUGGCAGUCAUCGCAGGAGCCCGACUACCAUCGUAGAAGAAGACGAUCUUGACUUUGCUCUGCAGCUCAGUUUGGCGGAGGAACAGAGUCGUCAAGGCGACAUAGCGGACCUAGAGGAUGAAUUCCCCGCUCUGGCAUUGCCUGCUACUUCUCCGUCAUCUGAUCUUGCGGGGAAGAAGGGCAAAGGGAAGGGGAAGCUGUGA